AUCGCACAAGUAGUACAUGCAUGCAUGUAUGCACCUCGGCCUCGGCCUCCCCAUCCCCUGCCCUGCACUGCGUAGUUCUGCCCUGCUCUGAUCAGUGCAUAACCUUGCACUCGCCUCGUCAAACAGCACCUCUGGCCAGUGCUGGCGACGCGAACCCAGUGAUCGCACCACCUGUGGUCCGGGCCACGACCGCCACGUCAGCCUCCACUGCCAGCAGAGAUGGCUGCACCAACACGCAGCGGGCGCGCAAGCAUGCUGCCCACGCGCGUCCCACUGCAGAACAACUUUGGCGCCUCACAGCAAUCACAAGGGGCAGUAGAUGAGCACGGAGAAUCAGGUGUGCACUCACAGGAUCACAGGAGCUCUGCGAGAAGAGACGUUAGUAUGGGCGUCAGCCAGCUGCAUGGUCGCGAGAGCGUACGAAGACAGAGCGUGGCUGUUCCGAGCACACCUGCCACGGGACGGAGGUCCAUCUCCAGCCGCACAUCCCUCGCGCCAACCUCGCUCGCCGGCCGAGAGUCGCUCAUGCUAAGCGGCAGCGGACUGGGUGGCGCACCCACGCAGCAGUCGCGCGAGACGCGUCCCGUGCGCAACAAGGCGUUUCAAGAGUCCAUGUACUCUGUGCUGAUUUCUGCGCUCGGCGAGAACAACAUGGCUGGUGGGCAGCAGAUCAAGAAGGCCGUGCGCGAGCCGACGCAGCUCGCGUUCGUUGACAUGUUCCAGACCGUCUGGAAGCGGUACAUCGACCCCGACCACAACUUUGAGAGCUCCAAGGACUCGGCUAGCGGCGGCAUGAGCGCCGGACACGGGACCGUCAUGAGCAAGGCGGUCGAUGAGGUGUUGACGCUGCUUAAAGAGAUCAACUACCCCGGCAUGGAGGACAUGACGAAGAGCAGGCUCAGCGCUGCCGGAAGUACAGGCAACUGGCCCUUUUGUCUUGCCAUGCUCGGAUGGCUCGUUCAAAUCGGCGACAAGCUCAACGACGAGGCAUUCCCGAUCGGCCCCAAAAACCGCGCAGCGGACCUGAUGAAUCCAGACCUCGAAAUGGACCAGGAUAACAUGGACGUGGACAAUAUGCAGUUCUUCUACCCCUUCCUCUACAAGACCUACGAAAAGUUCUGGAACAACCAGGACGAGUACCCGGAGGAGCGCGAGGAGCUGGAGCGCAUCUUUGACGCGCGCGACCACCGCGUGUUGCAGGAGCUCGACAGCAUGCGCGCGCGCGAGCGGGACGUCGCCGAGGAGCUUAUGGGCUUGCAGCAGCGGCCUUCGCCUUUGCAGGCGGCCAAGCAGAGGGACACCCUGCUUGUGAGUGAUAUCAAAAAGUUCCAGGACUAUAAUGAGAACUAUAUCCGCCGCAAGACCGAGAAGGUCGACAAAGAGAUCAAGCGCUUCUUGUCGACAAAGUCUGAUUCCGAGGCAAAAGUCGAGGCGCUCAAGAAGGAGCGAGAUCAUCUGCAGAAGGAAGUUGACGAGCAGCCGAUGACGUCCGAAGAGUACGACCGGCUGGAGAACCACUACCGAACGCUGCAGGAGCAGCUGAACCUCCUCGAGAACAAGAAGGCGCAGGUGGAAGCAGAGCGCGGCAACGUCGAGCUGGAAGCGUAUCGGCACCAGAACGCGAUGGAGGAGGAGUUCAAGAUGUUCAACGCGCUCGGGCGGGAUAUUGACCUACUGCCGUUCAAGCUCCCCGCGACGUCGUCUGCAGCGACCAAGGACGGGCUGAGCGUUGCAGACGAGCUCGUCUUCGAGCGCGGCGAGCUGUACCCGGACGUGGAUAUCAAGACGUACCUGCGCCCGCUUGUCGCACGCAUGCUGAAGGACGGCAGCGAGAAGCGGAAGGGCGUUGCGGAGCAGAAGCUGCAGCUUGGCCAAAAAUACGAUGUCCUCCUCGACGAUGUGCAGCGCGCGCGCGAGACACUAAGCCAGCUGCACAAGCGGUACGAAAUGACGCGCGCUGAUAUCGAUAAGAUCAACCAGACCUCGAAAGAGGAAGGCGACUUCGCAGACUCGAUGGAGCAGGAUCACCAGCGCUUGAUCCAUGAAACAGAGGCAGCUGGCCACUCAGCGAUCAGCGAGCAGACAGCGCGAGAGGCGCGAUUGCGGGUCCAACACGAGCAAGCGAUCGCAGCGUAUAACAAGCACGUAACAGCCAUGAACGAGGAGGUGACGGAUGCCAUGCACCGCCUGCUCAACCUCAAAGAUAACGUCGCCAGCGCGCUCGAGAAGCUCAAAGGUGCCACCAAGGUCAAUGGACACAGCGAGACGGCGUGAUCCCCUACUUCUUUCCUCCCCCUUGCCGUGUCUCGCCUCAUUUCGGUGCUUUACUACCCGCGACGGGCGUGCGCCUCUUGCGCACACGCACGCACGCUUGCACGUUCCAUCCAUCCAUCUAUCUCGAUCACCUCAUUCUUGCCGCCGCUCUCUACAUUCUCGGAUGCCUCACGCAGUCCGGCAACUGCGUGCGUUCGAAAUGCUUCUAGUUUGUACUAGUUUGUACUUGUAUCUAGUAACGACGCCGUUCGCUAU